AUGAGAUCGCCGCACCCCCAUCUCAUUCCCAUGCACGGCAGCGGAGCUCCCCGUUCCAUCCCUCUGGGUUGCAGGUGGCCUCCAGAUGCACCAAGAUUCAUUCGUCAAAAGAACCGUAUCCUCCCCAAUUGCUCUUUCCGGGCAUGUUUCGCAGAUGGAUCCGCAAUGCUUCUUACGCCGCAACCGGUAACAACUUUCACAUUGUCACAUGAUACUCCGACCCAACUCCGCAGCCAAAUACUUCACAUUCCGACAAUGCCGUUGCCGGCACACCCCACAAACCCCAUUUGGCGCCUCACCAUUUUCACUUCAUCACACUCUUCUUCGAACGAUCUUCACCUUCGUAUAGGCAUUUAUCAGGGCGGUUUUUGCCACUUUCCGCUCAAGCUCUCACCCCCGCCACCACCGACGCCACAGACAUUCGGGCAUCGAAUCGCCAUCGUCGCCGUGGAUAUGUCGGCAGUGAUGGUCACAGCUGUGACCGAGGCACACGAAGUCGUCGAAGUAGAAGCAUCGCCAGGAACCCGCAGAGGAGGAAAAGACGCCCACAUUGUUGUUGUCAACGACGAGAAGUUAAUGAACCCUUCUACAGGAGUUUUCGCAUCAAGUACUGAAAAGAGGCCAAAAGAGCGCGAACGUGCGGUUCUGCUGGCGUUUAAUCGCACGCUGGAUGAGCCGAAUGUAACGAGAUUUGGACACGAAAAGGCACACGUAGAGAUGUACCGUCAUUUCAUUCCCCGAAGAUCAAGGAGAGCGACGAUGAGACGUAGAAACGGUCAAGUCGAAGGGCGUAUGAAGCAUCGGGUGAAGAACGGGUGCCACUCUAAAGAAAACUGCGAAUGA